AUGGCUGAACCAUCUUUUUCACAAACACACCCACCACCAAACCAUGGCUCAAACCAUCCUGUCCACAAGACUCUAGCCAGUGUAGCCAACCUUGCUAACCUUCUACCAAAUGGCACUGUCCUUGUAUUUCAAGCACUCACACCUUCAUUCUCCAACAAUGGCUCUUGCCAACUUUCCAACAAGUGCCUCACUGCAUGCAUCAUUGUAUUUUGCGCCAUCUUUUGCUUGUUAUCCACAUUCACCGAUAGCUUCAUCAACAAGGACGGAAAGCUUUUAUACGGAAUCGCCACGUUCAAAGGCCUUUACUUGUUCAACUACAAUAUUGAUCGUGAUCAUCAGGACAUGAACAGGUUCAAACUCAGCUUCAUAGAUUUUGUUCACGCCUUUGUAUCGUUGUUGGUGUUCACGGUAUUUGCUCUUAGCAACUCCAAUGUGCAAAGUUGUUUCUUUCCUGGAGCUGGAGCUGAUGAGAAUGCAUUGAUGAUGAAUUUGCCUUUAGGAGCUGGGAUAUUGUCAAGCUUUCUGUUCACAAUUUUCCCAACCAGACGCAGAAGCAUUGGGUAUGCAGACAUGACUGGGUAUGCAGACGUGUGA